CAGCGUCAUAUAACGGGUCUGUGAGUGUGCGAUCUGACUGGGCGAUGGCUCGGACCGACAACCAACACAAUGGAUCUGUAUCUGGAAAACUAAUGUAUGGCGUUUUAUUGCAUUUAACUACAUGCGCGUAAAAGACAUUAACCGGGUGCGUUCGACAGCGGCAUGGUGACGUCAGAGGAGCGUUCAUCUGGGCGUCUUGAUCCUCCUCAGAUCCCUCGAUUUAACGAUACUACAUUGAAAUCUUCAGUCGAAGAUGAAAUGCUGUUUGUUUGUAAUGUAGCAAGGCAGAAUUAGUUUGAUACUGUAAUGAUCCAAAGACCCUGAUACUUUAGAUAUGCCGUUUAGAGGUGAUUUUUGUGUUGAGUAAAAGAGAUCCGAAUUUGAGAGAAAGACAUUUUAUUUUUCUCUUUUAUAUUUUGCAUACUGUCCAAUCUAGUAUGCUGGUUUAUAUAUGUUGACAGAGUUUUGGCUGGGGGCCAGUUUGUGUUUGGACACCCCAGCCACUGUGUGUUGACAUUUGACCUUUACAUUUAAUUAAUUUGGAAGACACUUUUAUUUAUACAGCUUAUUGUAAACUGAUAUUUUGUUAUUUUUUUUUAUUUUUUUUGUAAUCAGAAUGUGUUCCCUGGGAGUAGAACCCAUGACCUUGGUUUGCCAGCACCAUGCUGAGCUACAGGAACCCCUGUGAGAGUGUGUUUUGACCCAUUGAGUGUGUGUGUGUGUGUGUGUGUGUGUGUGUGUGUGUGUUUACGUGUCCAUGCCAAUGUCCUGCUGUGGGACGUCUCUCCAUCACGGUUCCUCUUCUCCGAGGAGAAUCAUCCAGAGUUCAGGCAUCAGGACUUGUCUGAAUCAGCCAUGUGCCAGUUCAUCAUCUGUAGGGUUCAGGAUGCUGCAGACUGCUGUGAGUUUGGAGGGAGUGGAGGAGAGAGAUGAGGAACCGGAGGAUGAAGGUGAAGAUCUGAGGGAUGGUGGGAUUCCCUUCAUCAUUAAUCGGGGUGGUCUGCCUGUGAACAAGGAGACGUGGGAGCAGAUGUGGAGGCAUGUCGCCCGUAUCCAUCCAGAUGGAGAGGCAGUGGGGAAGAGGAUACGAGGAACCAGCGAGCUUCCCAAAAUUCCAAUACCAAGUGUGCCUACAUUCCAGCCAAAUGCCAGUAUUGCCCAGCGCCUGGAAGCUAUACAGAGAUACAUCAGGGACUUGCAAUACAAUCACACUGGAACACAGUUUUUUGAGAUAAAGAAAACCAGGCCACUCACAGCAUUAAUGGACAUUGCCAAGGAAAUGACGAGGGAAUCGCUACCAAUCAAAUGUUUGGAAGCCGUAAUCCUUGGAAUUUACCUCACCAACAGCAUGCCGACCGUGGAGCGUUUUCCUCUCAGCUUUAAGACGCAGUUCUCAGGGAGCCAUUUCCGUCAUAUUGUGCUGGGCAUUCACAGCGGCGGGCGCUUCGGCGCUCUCGGAAUCAGUCGCCGCGAGGACCUGAUGUUCAAACCGCUGGAGUACAAAACGCUCUCUGACCUCGUGCAGGAGUUCGACGUGGCCUAUCAGGGCUACUGGCACACACUGAGCAAGGUGAAGAUCGGUCAUUAUGUGUCACAUGACCCUCACAGUGUGGAGCAGAUCGAGUGGAAGCAUUCAGUGCUGGACAUGGACAAACUGUCCAGAGAACAGCUGAAGAAAGAGCUGGAGAGACACACUCGUGAUAUGAGACUGAAGAUUGGUAAAACUGCUCCUCCAUCUCCCACUAAAGACAGGAGGAAGGAUGUCGGUUCUCCUCUGAGGAACCCCGGCAGCCCCAUGCGCAAGAGCAGCGACAGACGGCCGUCAGUAGAGAAGAAACCGGUACAGACUGGACCAGCUGCCGAUGUGAAUGGAUACCAGAUCAGGGUGUGAUGUCAUUUGUAAAUCUCAUAUCAAAGAUAAACUCUAAAAGAUGGACAAAAUACAGAAGACACAACUAGAAAUGGACUGAAGCUCAAUAGGAGUAUUAUGUUCACCUCUAAUGAAAAGUAUCGUGCUUCACAGGGAAUGUGGUCACUUAUAAGGGGUUUCAUUUAAGAAUGUUCAUUAAUAAACCUCAAAUGAGUCAGUCAGUAGAAUUGCCACACUAUGAACAAUAACCAUAUUUAUAUUCACUUUUUUUAAUUCACUUUUCACAAUAAUCUGUAAAUAUGGUGCAAUUAUCCCAUAACUCUACUGGAGACUAACCCUGCUUUUGUGGAGGAUAGUUUGCAAUCCAUUUAUUGGGUGCCUUUUUAUGAACUUUGUUUUUACAGACACAUGCAUGUUUACUUAUCUUUAAGGGGACAUACCAUAUUGUUUUUAUAUAAAACUAAUUAUAAUGACUAGACUAAUCCAAACUCUACACCUAAAAAAACCUUAAUAAUAGAAUAAUAAAAGACAUCAUUUAGUUUAUUUAUGAUUAAUUUUUCUAUUGAGGAUGUCCCUAUAUAAUCCCAAAGGAAAGUUUUGUCAUAAUGUGCUCUUUGCCCACAACUAAUAGUAUAGACAAAUACACGUUUUUUUGCACUUAGUAAAGCAUACUGCAUCUAUUUGUCUUGCAAUCACUGUUGAUUUGGAUAUGAACAGGACUUUAAUAUUUAGUCCAAAUAUAUUGGGUAUGAAUGAGUAAAAAGCUUGUAUCAGACUGUACUGUAGUUUGUGUUUUACUCUUUUAGCUGAAAAUUCCUGAAUCUUGGAAAUGUUUGGUUGUGUGUUUCUGUAACAUGCGAGUAGCAGGGUAUAAAGGCACUGAAAUAGGGUCAUGUUUUCAAGAAACGAUUAAAAUGGGCACCUUUAAAAUAUAUUAGUGUAUCUGAUUAGUGUUGCAAAUAAAUAUAUACAGGGUUUGGUCAUUAGACGUAGUGAAUGCAGCCCUAAUCCCCCAUAUGAUUUUGUAUUUAUUGACAGGAGGUUUUUUUUAGAUGUCACUUGUUGCUCUACACGUUAUACAUAUUUAAUAUUUUUAAGUCAACAUGAAAUUAAAAUUGACCCAGUUUACUUUCCUUAUACGUGUUCUUGGUCUUAUUGUGCAUGAUUCAUUGGUGCGCGUUAUUCCAAGGGAAAAAAGUGUUUCUAAUAGGGCUGUCGAUUUAACAUGGUAAUUCACUGCAAAUAAUUAUAUUUUAAAAAAUAACGUGUUAAAAAAAUUAUCAAAUACCCAGGCCGUAAUAUGAAAAAUUCCUACCAUUGGAGCAAUUCAAGUUUGAAGUACCACCUGUUUUCAGCAGGGGGCAGUAAGUGAAACUCAAACAGACUGAACACACAACAAACCACAGCAGACAGAACAAGAUGAGAACGUAUUUGUGUUCAAACACAGCUGAACGGAGCGCAAUUCCCAAUGCAGGGAUCCCAAAUCAUGUUUUUCGACGUUUCAAACUACUUCUAACUUGACACAGCGAUCUAAAAACUGUCUGUUUAUGAUGCGACACAAGCAAAGACACUCCAAAUGUGCAGCAGUCACAGGUGUACAUUGACACGGCAUUAGAAAAGCCCUUAUAAUACAUCUAUCUUGGACUGAUUGACGAAUUCAGUUGUAAAAUGGAUUGCUGUGGACUGUAGGCCAAUGAUUGGCUUAUGUUCAGUAAUGUGGAAACAAACAAUAAAUUGCAAUCUAAAGCCACUUUUUCAACACUUUACUCAUCUGCAAAAAUGUAAUGCAUUUUAAUUACCUAAAUGAUUAUUUUUAAAAUAUAUAUUAUAAUUAUAAAAUAUAACUAUAUAUACUUAUUUAAUAAUUAUAUAUUUAAUUAUUGUCAUUUGAAGGGCAUCCUUAGCAAAUAUUUGCAUAUGAUCAGAUUCAUUUGAAUUGGCAUAUCAUGUUAAUUCGAUAAAAAAUUGUAAUCGAUUGACAGCCCUAGUUUAUAAUCUUUUAUUAAAAUAUAAUCACUUGUUUUGUCUUUUCAUCUGACAUCAUCGAGCCCUCUUUAUUUUUCAUUGUCAUCUAGAGACAAUUUAUACCAUCCAAUCAAUUCCUCACAGAUUAAAUCUCACCCUCCAUUUUUUCCUCAUUACAAAUCUUGUUUCACUGAAAUACGACCCAUUACGGAAGUAAAAUGAGUUGUACAUUCUGUUUCAUGUUGACCUGAAGAUGUUUUAUUAGCAGUUUCCUGAUCUACUUUUUCUGUACUUUUCAAUUUCAUCCUAAAUAUUAGAUUAUAUUUUUAUAAAGAAUACACUAAACACUGAAAUGUAGUAGAUUAUAGACAUGUUUACACACUGGUCUUGCAUUUAGCCAAACAUACUUGUGAGACACUAUGAAGUACACUACAGUACUGUGUACUAGUGUGAAUCACUCCAGAAGUGAAUGGUAAUUAAAUGCUCUUGUUUGUUUUAACCUCUGUGUUGUCGUGGCGUGCUGCUGUCCUGCAUAAAUCACUUAAUACUGUUUGUUUUUUUCUAUUUCUGAGAACAAAUGAAAUGUAGAGUUAAUCUGUGAUGUCACAGCACUGUAUUAUAUGUCAUUGUUACACUUACUAGCCACUUUGACACUUGAAAUUGAAAUGUAUGAUUUUUGCCUUGUAUAAAAAACAUUUUGAUCCUUU